AAAACCUUUGCUUUGCCACCUCAGAUUUGGUCCACCUCACCUGUCAAUCACAACUGGGGUCCGCCUACGAGGACUUGUGGCCCGUCGUGACUCGAAUGUUCAACACGGCACAGUCAUGUGACCAAGACUCGCGCCCCGACGUCCUGUGAUGUUUGUACUUCAACAUGGAUGACGCGGGGUGCCGGCGUGGAGCCGGAUGGCGACCGCUUGCCGUCCAAUGUUUACGUCUGCUCCGGACCGGACGCCGAGCUGGGUCACGAGCGUGCCAUCAAGCAGGCCGAGGCCAUCUUCCGCAAGAUCGUCCCCGACCAGGACUUCUGUCCUCCCGCGCCCAACCCAGACCCGGACGAUCCCGAAGGCCCUGCCAACACGAUGGACAAUCAGGAUAAAGACGAGGAGCCCGCCGAGCUCCAAGAGCAGCAGCUUCAGGUUGAAGAGUGACCAAAAUUGAAGCCAUCAAAAAGAAAAAAAAAAACC